CUCCUUCUCUACUGCCAUAUUCCAUCCACCUGCUCUUCUGUCAACAUUGCCUAUCCUCGAAGGAUCGAUACUGCCACAACAACCGGUCCCCGGCCCCGCAUCUUACUCGUGAUCCACCCGCUUUACCUCCAUUCCGACAAUUUUCUCGCCGCUCGGGGGUCCUCCGUUCAACCCUCAUCCAUCCGCAAUCAUUUUGCCUUUCUUCUUAUAAACCACGCCCGUCUUUAUCUUCCAACCCACCUGACGAGUGACCCACCAGCAUGUCCUCUGUCAAACAAUGUCCCCAGUGUGGGCCCCACGGCGAGCUGGUCACAGAUCAGAGUGCCGGUAACGUUGUGUGUAUGUCAUGUGGGCAGAUCAUUGAAGAGGGUAUCCUCGUGUCCGAGGUUGGCUUUGCUGAGGGUUCUGGUGGACGUAUCUCUGUACAGGGAACGUUUGUGUCUAAUUACGCGACUGGUGUUGCUGGUACUCGAGGCGGCCGGGGUGGGCAGCAAAAUACAGAAAACAUCAAAGCCAACGGCUCUGCAAAGAUUGAUGAAGUUGCUCGCAAGAUGUACCUCGGAUCGGGUAUCAGCAUAGGCGCCAAGCGGUUCUUCUCUCUCGCCGUGGACAACAAAUUCAACCGCGGACGAAAGACGAGUUACAUCGUCGCCAGCUGUCUUUACCUGCAAUGCCGUCUGAAACGCGACGCUCGUAUGCUCAUCGAUUUCAGUGAACACCUCGCUAUCAAUGUAUUUGAACUAGGCGCCACCUAUCUCAAACUCCGCUCCACCCUCAACUUUACCGACCCCAUGCCCGAAGUUGACCCUGCCAUCUACAACCUCCGCUUCGCGCACCGCCUCAACUUUGGCCCUCUCGUCAACACUGUCGCAGCGGAUGCCAGCCGGCUCGUCAGGCGAUUUAGAGCAGACUGGAUGACUCAGGGUAGAAGACCAGCUGGUGUUUGUGGUGCUUGCAUCAUCAUUGCGGGACGUAUGAGCAACUUUCUGCGUACGCCGGAUGAAGUCGCCCAAGUCGUUAAAGUACAUCCCAACACCAUCAAGAAGAGGUUGUUGGAAUUUGCGGAAACCGACAUGGCGAAGAAGACUGUGGGUGAAUGGCGGGCGUUGAGUGACGCGCAGUUGGACGCGGUGUCGACAGAAGAAAAACCCCCUGUCGUCAAGCAACAGGCGAGGAAGAGGGAGAAGGAACUGAAGAAACAUCUGAUGAUGGGUAUCGUCUUUGACGAAGACGAGGAGACGGAGAAUGGGGAUGAAGAUGAUGAAGACGGCCCGAUUAAGCGCGCAAAGCUGGAAAAGGGCAAGGGUCGAGCUGUGGACGAAGCGGAUGCUCUCCAAGCCUCUGCAGCCUUUGAGACUACCAGCUCUGUUGACGACGAAGACGACCAACUCGACCCCCUCGCUCCUUCCGACUAUGUUUCCCAGCUCGAGUCUGCGCGAGACGACCCUGCUUCUGCGCGUGAGGAACGGCGACGGGCAAGCAAGGCAUUGCUGAAGGAGGUCAGAGGGGUCGAUGACGGGGUGGACGAGGAUGAAGAAGGGAUGGAUGAGCUGGAGGCUUUGGCGGAGGAUGCGGAGAAGGAGGAUGAAGAAGGAGAGGACGAAGACGAGGGUGAACGUUCGACGCAGCUCAACACCGUCUCCCAAGCAAAUGCCAAAAACAAGGAGUUCACCGACUGGGACGAUGAGAUUGCCGUCCUCAACUUUUUCGAGCAAAAAUAUUUUGCCGGCGAAAAGGACCUCUACCAGAACAAGAUGCACGACCGCAUCAAAAUGUGGUUCGGCGCGCGCGACCCGAAAGAGAUCCACCAAGAGAUGGAAGCCGUCAAGCGGGCGCGAUGGUUACGCGAGAAGGGGGCGAAAGUCGUGGAAGAGGAUAGGGAGCUUGCCGAUUUGGAUGAUGAAGAGCUGGAAGGUUGGUUCGAGCUGGAUGAGGAUACAAAGCAGGCGAGGGCGAGGAUGUGGUUGAGUUCCAACGGCAAAUGGUUGGAGGAGGAGAAGGGUCUGUUGAUCCCCUUGUCCUGUUGGACAGAGCUGACACUUUGACAGAGAAGCAAGAGAGAAAGGCUGCAGUCAAUAAAGCCAAGGGCAUCGAUCCAUCCAAGCCUCGUGUACGUCUCUACGCCUCCACUCUUCAAACAAGCUAACCGUCGAUUCAGCAAAAACGCAAGCGCGCCGCUCCUCAUAAAGGUCCACACAAAAACUACCAAGAGGCCAUCGCUAGCGUUGUCGCCCAGAAGCCUAUGUCUCGCCGUCUCAAUUACGAUAUCUGUCGUACUUUGAACGUGAAGCCGGGGACUCUCUUCAGAGACAGGCAUUCGACGGCGGGAUUGCAGACAAUGGAUGAUGACAAGGAGGAGGAAUAUUACGACGAGGAAGAGGAAGAGAAGGGAGAUGAUGAUAAGGAGGAAGCCUACGAGGACUACCGAUUUUAAAUGAGCAUCUCUAUAGUUUGAUGAUAUUAUUAGUCACGCGAUAUAUACUCCGGAUUCGUUGCCAUGUUGAUUGUUUCGCCGCAAGGCUUUAUGUAUUUCGUUUCGACUAA